CGGUUAGUCUGCUAGUUGUGACCAUACAUAUAGAGUAUAGAGGGCGCUUGAGUACUUUGUACUUUGUACUUUGCAUGACAGCAAAAUGAGCUUGCGAUUCAGUCUGGCCCUGCUGCUGAUGGUUGCCAUGUCGCAGCUGAUGCAGCAGGUCGACGGCAGGAAGAAACUUUGCGGGGAUGCACUCAACGAGGCCCUUGACCUGAUUUGUGUUCAUGGAUUCUCACGUAGAUUCAGGCGCGACACGGACAGAAGCCCACGGAGCCCGGAGCAGGCAAUGCUGCGCAAGUGGCGCCUCUUGGCAUUGAGGCAACAGUUGGAUCGGCCUGAGGAACCUCACCCCCUGGACAUAAUCAACGAGGCUUCAGAUAAUGGCGAACUGCGUCGUCCACGUCGCAGGAUUACACAGGCGUGCUGCAAGGAUGGCUGCACCUACGAAGACAUCCUGGCUUACUGCGCCUAACGAGCAUCUUGAAGGCGAGAACACUUGACGAGAACCAAGAGGACAAUACACAAAAACCAAAAGCAAUUUGCAUUUUGCAAUUCAUUCACUUACACUUAAUCCCCAAAAUUUACAUUUAAUAAUAAUAUUAAUAAUAUUUCCCAAUGUCUUAUUGUAAU